UGCACGGGCCCUAUGUCAGUGUCAGUGUGUGUGUUUGUGUGUGUGUGACGCCCUGGAAAACAUUAACAUUGUCCCUGCAACGUUUACAUUGACAUUUUCUCUGAUUUUUAAACAGUAGAACAUAAUUUUUCUAAGACUUCAUGCAGAAAUGUGACUUCAAUUUUUCCCCUAUGCCGCCAAGAUGAAUCUUCUGCAACGAGUGGGUUUCAUCUUAGUGCUAGCGGCUUGCCUGGGUUUGGCUCUGUCUCUCCAGCCUGCGCACGAAAGGCCAAGUGGCUGCCCCACUUCUUGCAACUGCACCAAAGUGAAAAAUGGAUCUUUCCUCAAAGUACGGUGUUCUGACAAACUAGAUGUCCUCAGCAAGUUGGACUUGUCUGCGUUGGCCCCACAGAUAGCCCAUUUGGACCUCAGCAGAAGCACCAUUGUGGAUGUGGGGUCAGGAUAUUUUCUAAACUUCACCAACCUGAAACGACUAGAUUUAUCCUUUAACAAAAUAGAGGUCCUUCAGGAUCAUGCCUUUGAUGGACUAUCCAAUUUAGAGGUGUUGAAACUUAGCAACAACAAUUUGGCACGAAUAAACAGAGCAAUUCUUGAAAACCUAAUGCACCUCCAAAAAUUUGAUAUUGGAAACAACUUUCUGGAUUGUGAUUGUGCUCAGUCUUGGCUUUUUGAAUGGGCACGGAAUUUCAGUGGGAAAAAACUAACUUUAACAUGUGCAUCUCCUGUGCAAGCAAGGGGACUGCCUUUGCUGCAGUGGUACAAUGGGAGCAUCUCCAUGUGCACGAGUAAUGUUCUUUCUCUGGACAUUCUCAAAAUACAGCCGCAGCAAGAUCAGGUUGUGUUUGAGGGAGACCGCCUCAGGCUCCAAUGCCAAGCUUCCCUCGUGGGCCUGGACAGCCCGAGCAUAUCUUGGUUCUGGGGAAAGCAGGAUCCAGCAGUUGCAUUCAAAGAUGUUCACCUUGGAAGUGUUAAUGUUUCUGAUAAUGGUACACUUGUGAGUGCACUUAUUAUUGACCAAUUGAGCACCAAUCAUUCUGGCCAGUGGAACUGCCUGUUGGUGUCUGGACAAGCAAACCAUUCCAGGACAGUUUCUGUUAUUGUAAUCUCUGCUAAAACAAAGUACUGCCCUCAAAUAGUUACAAGGAACAACAAAGGUGUGUACGUCUGGCCUCAAACAGUUGUUGGCUUCAGUGCUGAACUCCCAUGUGAAGCAACUGAUUUUGACAACAUUCAAGAGCAGCAUGCAUACCACGCAUGUGAUAGUGAAGGCAAAUGGCACUCCUUGAAUACCUCCCUGUGUCCCUAUUCCAGUAGAACAACUCGUUUGCUUCAAGACUUUCUCAGGAUGAAUUUGAGUGAAGAUCAUGGACCUGCCAUAGUGGAGAGUGCUCAACAAUUAUUGAAUUUGUCCUGUGGGACGCCUCACUUAUCAGAUAAAAUGGAUGCCAUUUUUCUCUCCAAGGCAAUUAGUAACUAUGUAAAAUUUUUGCCAAAGUAUAAAGAGAUGGGCUCCUUAUUGGUCGACAUGGUGAGCUGCAUCACCCAGAUGCCCCGCAGUUUGUUACGGGCCGCACAGCUGGAAGAAAGAGCCAGCUCCAAACUAGUGCACGCAGUUGAAACUGUGACCCAGUACUCCUCGCCGUUACAAUCUCAAAGGGGUACCUUAGCAGUUGAAGAAUUUCAUGUUUCUCGUGAAAGCUUCCUAGGUCUGACAUGUGUUUGGUAUUCAGUCUCUGAUGAAAGCGGGUCUAUUGGGCCUGCUGGUGCACGACCUUCGCAGAUCUCCCAUUGUUCUGAAGGAAAUAACACAUCAUUCAUGUCAAGUAGAGCCAAGGCUUCAGUCCAAAUACCACCUACAUUAUUUUUCCAAUUGGAAAGGCAGGGUGAACAAGUCCAGCGUUCGCAUCAAUUAUUGAUAUCAAUGUAUGAGAAUAGCCAUCUAUUUCCACAAGUUAAUUUUAAUGAGUCUCAUGAUCGAUGGGACGUCGUUUCAAGCGUCAUAGGGGCCAAAUUAGUUGGCUUGGAUGUCCGGAAUCUUGCUGAGCCCCUCUACAUUGCGGUUCGCGCUCCCGCUGUCCAUGAGGCUGGGGGUUGGGCCCGACCAGUGUGGUGGGAUGAGGACCUGAAUGCUGGGGCAGGAGGUUGGAGCAAGCAGGGUUGCGCUUUAUCUCAUCUCAUGCACGGCAAACUUGUUUUCAACUGCGACAGAUUUGGUUACUUUGGCCUCUUGCAAGAAAUGCCUUAUGAGUUUGAACAAAGGGUCCCUAGAAGUAUCCUACAACUGGCACACCCAGCUAUUUACAUUGGAAGUUUAAUAUUGAUCCUCAGUCUGAUUAUUGCCAUUGUGACAUAUGUUGUGGCUGGGCCUCACAUUCAGAUGCCAAAGAGGACUAAGCAUGCCCUCAUUAAUACAUGGAUUGCAAUUGCCCUCCUUAGUUUCAUGUUCAGCAUUGGAGUUCAUCAAACAGAUGAUGUUGAACUUUGUCAGAGUGUUGGCAUGAUUCUUCAUUACUUAACACUGUGUGCCCUUUUGUGGAUGGCAGUAACUGUGAGCAAUAUGCGCUCAUCUUUGAACAAGAAACAUCCACUGGAAAUGGGUUCUGAGGAUGACCUACCGUCUAGCAGCACCCCUCCUCCAAAACCACUACUAGGGCUUUAUCUAGUUGGUUGGGGCAUCGGUCUGAUGGUAGUGGGAGUCAGUGGAGCAGUGAACUUGAAGCAGUACCGCUACUUGGUUCGAGACGAAUACUGUUUCCUCGUUCCAAAUUCGGCUCUUGGUGCUGUCCUUGUUCCCUGCGCUGCUGUUGUUGUGUACCUCCUUGUGUGUGUUUUGCUGGUACGAUGUGACCUCUCCCAGCGUCAAGCUGAUACAAAUGCCCAGUUGUCGGAUGGCACACAGGGCACUGAAAACGUGGAUUUGGACCUGUUGGACUGCACUGGGCCGGCCAGACCCGGGAUAGGUGCCUACAGUGUGGCAAGCACGGUGAGCAGUGAGGUGGAGGACGCCGAGCACACCCCCGCGACGCAGCUGCGCGCCACCCUCAUCGUGCUGCUGCUGUUCGUGUUGCUCUGGACGGCGGGGGCGCUCGCCACCGCCAACCAGCUGCACACCCUCCUGCCCCAAGCCGAGCUCGUCUUCAGCGUCCUGUACGCGGUCACCGCCUCCCUCAUGGCGGUCUUCAUCUUGUUCUUCCACUGCUUCGCCCGGAGCGACGUGCGCCCCUGCUGGCUCAUCCGGUGCAGGGGCCGCCACGUGUCGGACACGCGCACCUCGGAGCCACCGCCGCCAGCGCCAGCCGCCACCGACAAGCCGGUCGCCGAAAUCCCGGCCACGGAUAAAAUCUCGAACGCGGACAGGAGCAUUAUCUCUCAGGCUAACGGCCACGGCCCUCUCUCCAACCGCGUCUCCAGCACGAACAGCAUCAACUCCAACAAGUCGCGCAACCAAAGGGCUGCCGUGGAGCUCAACAAAGCCAGUGCCAAGCCCACUCCCGGCUCGCCGCAAGGGUCUCAGAAGGACUCCAACCUGCACCUCAUGCCAGUGUAUCGUUCCUACCCCAAUGUCGUGGAUGCGGAAAUGUUUUACAACCCACGGCAAAGUGACAUGGCUCGAAAGUUUUUCCGUAAGCAGAAGAGGCAAGCGAUGUGCUCUCAAAACCAAGAUUUCCGCCGUCGUGGCGACGGGCAAGGCAAUCAAUCUGACAUGGAGAGUACGUUGAGAGACUCGCUGAAGGGUUCCGGCUCCAAAGUGAGUAACACCAACAUCCAUGUGGAGCAGCGUGCAAAUGACACCUCUCCAAGUCAUGCCCAUAGCUUCAAUAUUCUCAUCAGUGAGGGUCCCAAUACAAGCAACCAAGAGCGCUGGGUUAUUGGGGCAGACAGCCCACCUCCUGUGAACAAUGAUGGAACAGUUAGAAGCGCAAUAUCUUCUGAUGGGACCCAUACUCCUGGAAAGCUCUUUGACAGAAAUUCGAGGAGGAGGAGAAGUAGGGGGGUCCGUGACGUAAGUGGCUCUCAUGACAUGGCCCGCGAAAAGUACCAGAGCUUUACUCAGAACGGUACAAUGAGCAGUUUGUCAUCAAUCCAAAGCAGGGAUGUCGAGAUGGAUGGGGACUUCAUGAGGGUCUCCGUUUUGGAGGAGGCCCCCACUUCUGUUGCUUUGCAGAAGACACCCGUUUAUCCGUGGGACAACAGCAGUGUUAUUUCAGGAGCCUCAUUUUCUCUGGACAGAGUCUCAGAAAUAGAAAAUGAUGUUUGUUCUAUGAGCAGGUCAAGUCGGCGUAGUAGUCGAAGCCCCUCCUCUAGAAAGAGGUACAGGAGACCAGACCCAUCUUCUUUAAGGUCCCACCCUACAUCACUCGCUAGUUCCAUUGUGAGUCUUCAAAAUAAAGAUGCUCAUGUAGCUUCUUACCCUGCUGUGUCAGAAGUGUCUUCAACCAAUGGAGUGGAAGACACCACAGCUUUAUCCAAAAAGGAAACAUGUGUCUAAUUCAGUUUGCUCUUGGUCUUAAAAUAUGAGUCUAUUGCUUGUGUGUUUUUGCAAGUUGUUUUUGGUUUAUAUAAAAUUACUUGCCUGUACUUUUCUGUGAUGCUAGGAAUUUAUUCUGUGUCUUUUACUACUAUGAUGGUUGAAUGACUGAUUGAGCUUUGCUGUACAUAUGAGUAUGUAUUAUAUUGUAGAAAAGAAGACUAAAGAAGCAUUCUUUGCCCCUAGUGGCAGGAAAAUUAGUAGGAUGCUUACGGAUGCCAUAUGCUUUAAUUUAUACUGGUGCAUGAAAAGCACAUUGUAUCAAAACAUAAUUUGCUGCCAUCUUCCCUAUUUCUAAGUGAAUUGUAUUUAUGUUGCCAUGAUUUUUCUCCCACUUGUCCUAUUAAGUACAAUGUUAAUUGUCCCUUUGAGUACAAUUUUAACAUCAAUCAAAUUGUCAUUGAUUUUCGAGGUGAUGUCAGCAGGUAUACAGUCCCACCAGGUAUAAUCCCACCAGGUAUAAUUCCCAACAGAUAUACACUAUUUUAUUUUAUUUAUCUAUACGCGGAUUCCCAGCAAGUAUAAAUCCCACCAGAUAUACACGUAUUAAUAUUAGAUUUUUUUGUGUCUCAGCAAGUAUAAUUCCCACCAGGUAUACAUCCCAAUAGGUAUAAUUCUCACCAGGAAUACAUUAGAAGAAAAACAACUAAAUGAUUGAUUACAAUGGGGCAUGAUGACAGCUUCGACUCGAGCGCAUUCCCUGCAGGAAUUGCACUCCCAAUGAAACUGCCUUCGCUAGCGGGUGGGUGAUUCCGUGCGUAGGGGCCGUUUUAGCUACCUUAGAAAGUCACAUAAUCAAUCUUGCUUGUUCGGCCAGGCACGCAACUCGCGUUUCAAUCGUUAUUCAAGUUGCGCUACUGUAUACAGGGGCAGGAGCAACACUAGGUUCGUCCAAUGUUUGUCUGUUUGCAGACGUCUUCUAAAGGAAAACGAAUAAAGGUCGAACAGACGUUGCAAAUUCAGCCAUUAGAUGAGAAGAAAAUCUACCUGGGGCUUCGCGACUUUAGAAACAGAGAGGCGCUGUUCAACUAGCGUGCCGUGCAAAUUUAUUCCAAAGAAGGUAAAUAAAAUGGGUGUAUAUCUGCUGGGAUUUAUACUUGUUGGGAAUCCGUGUAAAUAACAUUAAAAUUAAAUAGUGUAUAUCUGGUGGGAAUUAUACCUGGUGGGAAUUAUACCUGUUGGGAUUAUACCUGUUGGGAUUAUACCUGGUGGGACUGUAUACCUGCUGGGGUAACCCCUGAUUUUCUUUUGGUUGGCUUUUGCUACGUGCCAUUUUGUCCCUUGAAUUGAGACUGAAAUCUCAAACCACUUUGGUUGAAUUUACAUUCACUGACUGUAUUUUCAUGACUGGCCCCUUUCAUUUUUUAAUUCAGACUGUUUCUAUUUUCAACAGAUAUUAUUUUAAUAAAAUUUAAAAGGAGGCCACAUAAUAAUUAACUUCCCUGACUGGAUUUUAACUGAUGAUAUUAUUAUCUGUACAGACUGAUCAUAGCGCUGCCUGUUUAGUUGUGUAAUUUGUAAUUAUUGUUGAUAUAUAUUUUUUCUUUUUUUUAAGGUGAGAAAGUUUUUGAUGCUUUACUGUGAUUAUUUUGUUUUUAUGUACAACUUCCUUGUUUUUAUAUUCUACAUCUUAUGUAUACAACUGCCAUUGAUGUAGCAUGCAUAGGAUGAUGCAUGAUUUGAGUUCUGUAAUACUUAAAAUCAAGUGUUCUGCUCUGAAUGAACAAAUAAAGAGCUUUUGUUAUUGUUUA